GGAGGGGGACGGGGAGGCUGUCACCAACUCAACUCGGUCAGUCGGGUCAGUCAGUCAACAUUUUGCUACCGGCAGCAGCUUGACAGCUUGACAUAAUGGACAGCGACAGCAGUGAUUACAUGGUGGGGCAUCAUGAGGAAUGGGAUGAUACGCCGGGGCAAGAAUGCCAGCAGGCGGAAUCCCCAGAAAGCCAAAUUGAUUCUUUACGCCAUGAACUCAAGCAAACCAAAGAGCUUCUGAAGCACAUGGAGUGGCAUUGCCAUGUUUAUCGAAUGGCUCUACAGAAUGUACCAGGGGGAUUAGCAGCUUUGCACGAGGCACAUCAAGUGAUAGAAAAUGCAACUUCUCCUACAUGCAAUGCUUGCGAGAGAGACUCAAUGCUGAAACGGAUUCAAGAUCUUGAGAACAGUCAGGGUGGCUCUCCAAUUUUUCACUCCACCUACUCGAGAAAGGUACAGUUUAUUGUUGUCUGCAUUGAGAAGGUGUCAAUUAAUCUUUAUGACUGACUAUGCUCUCUGUUUGAAUCGUUUCUUUUUAGAAAAGAGAGGGGAGGAAAGAAAAACAACAAUGAAGAAUAGACAUGUCUUAUUUUAUUCAUGCAUUUUUAUUCUUUGUUAUUUGAGU